CCAACGUUCUCCGAAUGGAAUGUCCAGGUUCAAUGAAUGUGUUUCAAGCCCCAUGAUUGUUUGAACAUUAAACAGAGCUAUCCGGCCCAUAAAACCUGAACCCAUCCUUCCUCGUCAGCCCAUCUCCGCUUUUUUCCCACAAUUAAUUACGAUCAAUGGGAGAGGCGGUCGCGGACACGUCAGCUUUCACCCAAGCAGCGGAGCACCGCCCCAAACUCACCGCGCCGGAAGCCGAAGGCGUUCCCGUCAUCGACCUCUCCGCCCUCCCGGAUGCGGCCGGCGCCGGAGAUAACCUCCACCCUUCGUCGGCUCUCGACGAUCUGGCGGCGGCCGUCGGGGACGCGUGCAAGAGCUGGGGAUUCUUCCAGGUGGUCAACCACGGGGUGCCGCUGCGGACGCGGCGGAGGAUGGAGGAGGCGUCGAGAAGGUUCUUCGCGCAGUCCAAGGAGGAGAAGGGGAAGGUGAGGCGGGACGAGGUGAAUCCGUACGGGUACUAUGACAAGGAGCACACCAAGAAUGUCCGGGACUGGAAGGAAGUGUUCGAUUUCACCGUCCAAAACCCGACUUUCAUUCCGGUUUCGCCGGAGCCGGACGAUGAUGCGGUCCUUUUGACAGUACACAUUAAAAACUAAAUGAAAUGCUAGGUCCAUAUAAUACAAGUAAAUUCGGUAUCACUACUCCGUAUUAUAUGGAGCUAGUACUCCAUUUAGUUUUUAAUAUUUACUGUCAAAAGAACCUUAUCGGGAGGACUGACUUGUACUUGAAGGACUACUUAUGAAUUUUUGAAACUUGAAUGACCAGUCAUGCAUAACUUAUAAAAUCGAAGGACUACUUAUGGGUUUUUU